AUGAGGACUUUGGUCCAGCAACAAGAAACUAGCAUGGCCAUAUAUUUCGAGGACCGAUUUGAAGGACCCAAUGCCACAGCUAUGCCGGUCACCGGUAUCCCCGGCCACCUUUGGACAUAUGCCAGCUUUGGAACUCUUUCUUGCACCGAUGUCCCGAUAACCGAAGGCCUAUCAGGGAGUUGGCCCAAAUUGCAAGGGACCAAGGUGUCUUUGUAA